GUCCCGAUGCCAUUCUCGUGCUUCUCUCUUAAUUGGCUCAUCUCCAUUUUUGUUUUCGCCGAAACUCUCCUCGAUUGAUUCGAUUCCACACCAUGGAGGCUCCGACACUCACCGGCUUGCUCAAUCGAAUCUCUGCCGAAUUCCACUCCCGUCGAGCCAUCUCAGUCUCCGGCAAGUUCGAUCUUACGUAUUCUCGUCUUCUCGAACUCACCGAACGCGCUGCUUCCCGUUUGGUCUCCUCCGGAAUCAACGUCGGCGAUGUCGUCGCUCUUACCUUCCCGAAUACCGUCGAGUUCGUCAUAAUGUUUUUGGCCGUAAUUCGUGCACGAGCCACGGCUGCGCCGCUGAACCCUGCCUAUACGGCCGAGGAGUUUGAGUUUUACCUAUCCGACUCGGAGUCGAAGCUCUUACUGACGUCCCAAGAAGGAAAUGGUUCGGCUCAAGCGGCGGCUUCGAAGCUUAAUAUUCCUCACGCGACGGCUUCGCUUUCCAAAGCCGAUGACGCCGAGCUCAGUAUCUCUCUGACUCAGAAGGAAUCACUAUCCGACUCGGCCACAAAACUCGUUAACGACCCUUCUGACGUGGCUUUAUUCCUCCACACAUCCGGCACCACAAGCCGGCCCAAAGGAGUGCCUCUAACUCAGCACAACUUAGCCGCUUCGGCUCAGAACAUAAAGUCCGUGUACAAACUCACUGAGUCCGACUCGACGUUGAUCGUUCUGCCACUCUUUCACGUCCACGGCCUCAUCGCUGGAUUACUGAGUUCAUUCUGUGCCGGGGCCGCUGUGGCUCUGCCGUCGGCUGGCCGUUUCUCAGCUUCAACGUUUUGGCCGGACAUGCGGAACUAUAACGCGACGUGGUAUACGGCGGUCCCUACCAUACAUCAGAUCAUACUAGAUCGUCACUCGAGCAAACCCGAACAUCAUCCGAAACUCCGGUUUAUCCGUAGUUGCAGCGCGUCACUCGCACCGAUCAUAUUAGGUCGGCUGGAGGAGGCAUUCGGGGCCCCGGUUUUGGAGGCCUAUGCAAUGACGGAAGCGUCCCAUCUGAUGGCAUCGAAUCCGUUGCCGGAGGACGGGCCACACAAGCCCGGGUCGGUUGGGAAACCAGUGGGCCAAGAAAUGGCGAUACUGAACGAGAAGGGAGAGAGUCAGAAGGCUGAAGUUGAAGGAGAGGUUUGUAUUCGGGGCCCGAAUGUGACGAAAGGGUACAAAAAUAACCCGGUAGUUAACACGACAGCGUUUCAGUUCGGAUGGUUCCAUACCGGUGACCUCGGAUUUUUUGAUUCGGACGGGUAUUUGCAUCUGGUGGGACGAAUUAAGGAGCUCAUCAAUCGCGGAGGGGAGAAAAUAUCGCCCAUAGAAGUGGAUGCUGUUCUGCUAUCUCAUCCGGACAUUGCUCAGGCUGUUGCUUUUGGAGUCCCAGAUGCCAAAUAUGGCGAGGAGAUAAACUGCGCAGUAAUAGCAAGAGAAGGAUCAGAAAUUGAUGAGGAAGAGGUUUUAAGAUUUUGCAAGAAGAAUCUUGCAUCCUUCAAAGUCCCCAAGAAGGUUUUCAUCACCGAUUCUUUCCCAAAGACUGCUACUGGCAAGAUCCUACGCCGUCUUGUUGCUGAAUACUUCGCUCCUCAACAGUGAGCUUCUGUAAAGUCCUCAGCUUUGGAGCCUCUAGACAUUUCUCAAUAAGAGGUGGCCUUACCCCCUUCAUUUUUGGUUCAGCAAUAUGUUAGAAUGUAAGGCAGCAUGUUUAAUUUGGACUAUCUAUAAUGGUGAAAGAAAAACAAAAUCUUUAUUAAUAAAAUUUUAAUUAUUACCCAA